CCAAUCACAAGCUCAACCUCUCGUUUGGCUAGUCCAAUCAGACGCCGGUUUGGAUUUAAACAUUGGCGGUCACGCUCGUGGGGGUUAGCAACUGGCUGUAGAAGCAGGGAGCAACAGUGCAUAUGCAGACUGGGGAGAUGUCCAAUAAAGAAAACCAGGAGCCCAGAUCUGCUCUGAGACAACCGUUUGGAACUGUGCCAGGAACGAUGGGGCCCCAGCGAGUCCUGAGAAACCCAGUUUCUGAAGCCACCAGCCACAACUUAAUCAUGGGCCCGGGAAGAGUAGCCGUCUCCAGUAAUCAAAGCAGCUGCCUCCGGCCAGCGAAGCGCUUCAGCAUCAAGGACUUCGACAUCGGGCGUCCGCUGGGCAAGGGCAAGUUCGGCAACGUCUACUUGGCCCGGGACCGCAAGCUGAAGUUCAUCGUGGCGCUGAAGGUGCUGUUCAAGUCGCAGAUCGAGAAGGAGGGCGUGGAGCACCAGCUGCGGAGGGAGAUCGAGAUCCAGUCGCACCUCAGGCAUCCCAACAUCCUGCGCUUCUACAACUACUUCCACGACCGGACGCGCGUGUACCUGAUCCUGGAGUACGCCCCGCAGGGGGAGAUGUACAAGCAGCUGCAGCGCUGCGGGCGCUUCAACGACCAGCGCACUGCCACGUACAUGGAGGAGCUGGCGGACGCGCUGCAGUACUGCCACGAGAGGAAGGUCAUCCACAGGGACAUCAAGCCUGAGAACCUGCUGCUGGGCUUCCGCGGGGAGCUGAAGAUCGCGGACUUCGGCUGGUCCGUCCACGCACCUUCCCUGCGACGGAGGACGAUGUGCGGCACCCUGGACUACCUGCCCCCCGAGAUGAUCGAGGGGAGAACCCACGACGAGAAAGUGGACCUGUGGUGUAUCGGGGUGCUGUGCUACGAGUGCUUGGUGGGGAACCCCCCCUUCGAGACCUCCAGCCACACCGAGACCUACAAGAGAAUCACCAAGGUGGAUCUCCACUUCCCCAAGACGGUGUCGGAGGGCGCGCGGGACCUGAUCUCCAAGCUGCUGCGCCACAGCCCCACCAUGCGGCUCUCGCUGAAGGGCGUGCAGGAGCACCCCUGGGUCAAGAGCAACUCCCGCCGCGUGCUGCCCCCCGUCUUCACCCCCAAGAAAGCCUAACUGGGGCAUCUGCCGGCGCCUGUGGGACGCAUCGUGGCCUUUCUUGCGGUCUGCACGCCUGGCCGGAAAACGAAACCCUGCUGCUGUCCAAAUCUCCACUCCAGGGAACUGCAGCUCUUUGUGCAGAGCCUCUCCAAUCCAACCUUCACUGAACCUCCACAUACAAUACAGCAGCGCCCCUGCAGAAAACCAACCUGCCCCUCUGGAGGUGGGGGUGGGGGGGCUCAUCCUGAUCUGCAGUCAUUUCUCUCGAACCUCAGCUACUUUUCAUCCCUGUUCCCUCUGCUCUGUGGGUUUUAGCACCUGUACCAUCUGUGUGGGCUCUGCUGGAAACAACUGGCUGGCGCCCCCUGGUGUCGGGGAGGUGGAGGUGUUCCUCAGGACCUGAAGCCUUGGACCUCAACAGCAGGACAGGAUCUUUGCUGUGAGGUUGUUUGAAGAACAGGGACUGUCUUGACCGGUCUUUUAGUUUUUGGAGUUGUAGUAUCUCACUGUCUCUGUUAAUAGCCAUUCCUGGAACUUGUUAUUCUGGCUGAAAAAAAAAAUUUUAUGCAGGUUUAUGAAAAGUCUUCCACGGUCAAAGGCACAGUAUGCCGUUCUUGUAUGUCUUGUCUUAUAUAUGUUGUCUGAAUGUUUUCUGUUGUAUCCCAAUGUAAAUAAAUUAUACUGGAGAUCCCAGCAUGCUAAGUGUUGGCCUGGGGGUCCUCAAGGUGGCAUUUUUGAAUUACAGCUGUUUUGAGGAAGCUUUGCGGCUAUCUGUAAGGGAAGAAUAUGCAAUUUUCUGCCUUGAAUUGUCUUGAAAGGAGUUAAGACAAGCUGGCUCAACCUGCCUUUUUUUAGUACAGAGACUGUGACCACCUUUUCUGGAAUGUAGAGGCACUCGGACUGCUUCAAGCAGUGCUGCCCAGCACCAGACCUAGUGCAGCCUGUAGGUUUUUAUUUCAAUUAAUGAAUCAACUAGCUUCAUUGGAGCUGUAUAACAGCUGCUGAUUAAUAGGCGAUGCUUUAUUUGGCGAAUGAGAGUUCUGGUGCCAGUAAGCUGUUCUCAUAGGGUUGGAUUUGGAAAUAUUGAGGAUUAGCGUGACUUCUUUUAGACUGUUGAAAUCUACUGUUUUUAUGUUUCGUCACCACUGGGAUGUAUUUUAGAAAACCAAUAAAUUCUUUAUACAAUGUAA